AAACGAAAGUAAAAUCAUUAGGUGUACUUGUCAUCUACCAACAAAUAUUCUCACGAGCACACCUGACUUCAUACACCAGUAAAAGGAAAAUAUUAGAACUGCAUUAAUUGAAAUUAGAUAAAUUUAUCAAAUACUGUUUGCAAAUUUAUAUACAACAUGGUAAAUUUCUGGUCAAGAAAAGCUUUAAUACGCAUCACAGCAGCUGCUAUCAUAGUUUGCCUUUUAUGGACUAUGAUGUUGAUGUUUUACAAUAUUGGCAGCAAGGAAAAAAGAACACUGGGAAAACAACUAGAAAAAAUCAAAAUCCCUUUUGAAAACAAGGACAUACUGGCGGCAUUAAGAAAAGAGGUUGAUGAACAGUUAGAAAAAAUCAAAGGGUCUGAAUUGGAGAAAAACAAAACUUUGACUUUCCCAGGGAAAAAAAGUUAUUCGAAUUCGAGACAGAAAACAAAUUUGAAUAAACCAAAACAACACAUUGAUGUGAUCAAGGAUAUUAACUAUAAUGUUCAUAUAUUUUAUUAUCCAUGGUAUGGAAAUCCAAUGAUUGAUGGGAAAUAUUUACACUGGAAUCAUCCAUUUUUGCCUCAUUGGAACCAAAAUGAAGCCAAGAAAUGGCCUUCUGGACGCCAUUCUCCGCCAGAUGACAUUGGAGCAAACUUUUAUCCACAACUUGGGCCCUACAGCUCUAAAGAUCCAGAAGUUGUGAGGAAACAUGUACAGGACAUGAAAUAUGCUGGUAUAGGUGUAAUGGCUGUGUCAUGGUACCCCCCAGGUGAUGCAGAUUCUGAGGGCGAGGAGCCUGAUAAUCUCAUGCCAAUGAUCAUGGAUAUAGCAGAAGAACAGGGCAUUAAGGUUGCAUUUCACAUUGAGCCAUAUAAAGGUCGUGAUCAUUUGACGAUGAGAAAGAACUUGCAAUACAUAAUAAACAAGUAUGGAAACCAUUCUGCUUUUUAUCGGCGAUACCACAAGGAAAAGAAAAAGAUGCUACCUUUGUAUUACAUUUAUGACUCCUAUCAAGUUAGUCCAAAACUCUGGGCUGACCUGUUUACUUCUAAGGGCAAAACAACUGUUCGUGACACAGAGCUUGAUGGAUUUUUUAUUGGCUUGUUAGUUGAGCAACAGCACAAGGUACAUGUGUACUCUGCGGGCUUUGAUGGAUUUUACACCUACUUCGCUUCCAAUGGGUUUACAUUUGGUAGUAGUUGGGAUAAAUGGAAAGAUAUUAAAAAGUUUGCUCAAUCACAUUCAAAGAUAUUCAUUCCAAGUAUUGGACCAGGUUAUAUUGAUACAAAUGUUCGACCAUGGAAUGCUAAAAACACCCGAAAUAGAAAUGAUGGUACUUAUUACAGAGCAGCGUUUGAUGCUGCCCUUAAUGUCAGCCCUAAUAUCCUAUCAAUUACUUCUUUUAAUGAAUGGCACGAAGGCACACAGAUAGAACCAGCAGUGUCAAAAAAUACAGGAAAGUAUCUGUACCUUGACUACGGCCGUAAGCGAACCCCUCGUUACUACCUUGAUCUGACAAGAGAGUUCACAGGUAGAUAUUCACCUGCCUCAUAAAUUGGACCUUCUCUAGGUUGCCGAAGAGAUGUAAUGUCUAAUGAUAAGAUGUUAUUCCAAUUUUCCAUUAAGAUGAAAAUGAAAAAAUUGAUAGGUGGUUAUUUUUUUACACAUAUUUAUUCCAACAUGGGGACUGUGCAUUUUUGUAUGUAAAAGACAUGAAAUACCAUUUCAUUAUCAGUUACCUCUAAAAUUUUAUUUCUAUUUAUUUAUUUAUUUAUUUCUACAUUGCAAUCAA